AUGGCCGAAACGCGAGACGUUACCAACCACGUCCUGUUCGAGGUCGCCACAGAGGUCGCCAAUCGAGUUGGCGGUAUCUACUCGGUCCUCAAGUCCAAGGCCCAGGUCACGACAGCAGAAUAUGGCGCCGCCUACACGCUCCUCGGCCCUCUCAAUCGCGCUUCGGCCGCAGUCGAGGUUGAAGAAUUGGAGCCCAAGGACCCGGCUCUAGCCCAAACUAUAAAGAACAUGAACGACCGCGGCGUUCAAACACUCUAUGGUCGCUGGCUGAUUGAUGGCGCCCCGCGAGUCCUGCUCUUCGACACCGGCACUGCUUACCAGUUCCUUGACGAGUGGAAGGGCGACCUCUGGUCCGUUGCCGGCAUCCCGUCGCCACCGGGCGACCACGAGACGAACGAGGCCAUCGUCUUCGGCUACCUGAUUGCAUGGUUCCUGGGAGAGUAUGUCUUCCACGAAAAGAAGCGCGCCGUCGUUGCCCAAUUCCACGAGUGGCUCGCCGGAGUGGCGCUUCCUCUCUGCAAGAAGAGGCGCAUCGAUGUCACUACCAUUUUCACCACGCACGCGACCCUCCUCGGCCGGUAUCUGUGCGCCGGAUCGGUCGAUUUCUACAACAACCUGCAAUACUUUGAUGUGGAUGCGGAAGCAGGCAAGCGCGGCAUCUACCACAGAUACUGCAUUGAGAGGGGUGCGGCACAUUCGGCCGACGUCUUUACCACCGUUUCGCACAUCACUGCUUACGAGAGCGAGCAUCUCCUGAAGCGCAAGCCGGACGGAGUGCUGCCCAACGGGCUCAACGUCAAAAAGUUCUCGGCCACGCACGAGUUCCAGAACUUGCACCAGCAGGCGAAAAUAAAGAUCAAUGACUUCGUCCGCGGCCACUUCUACGGGCACAACGACUUCGAUCCGGAGAAUACUCUUUACUUCUUCACUGCUGGUCGCUACGAGUACCGGAAUAAGGGUGUGGACAUGUUCAUCGAGUCACUGGCCCGCCUGAAUCACCGCAUGAAGAGCGCCAAUUCGACCAUGACUGUCGUGGCCUUCAUCAUCAUGCCUGCCCAGACGCAGUCAUUGACGGUAGAGGCUCUCAAGGGUCAGGCCGUCAUCAAGUCUCUGCACGACACGAUUGACGUGAUCUCUAAGAACGUUGGAAAGAAGCUGUUCGAGAGAUCGCUCGCUUGGCACGAAGGCAUGGAGCUUCCCGAGGACAAGGAGCUCAUCACGCCGGCAGAUAAGAUCAUGCUUCGCCGGCGGUUGUUUGCUAUGAAGCGUCACACUCUGCCGCCGAUUGUCACACACAACAUGGUCAAUGACCACGAUGAUCCAAUUCUCAACCAGAUUCGCCGGUGUCAACUCUUCAACCACCCGACAGAUAGGGUAAAGAUCGUAUUCCAUCCCGAAUUCCUGAACUCCGCAAAUCCCGUGCUGCCCAUGGAUUACGAUGAUUUCGUGCGCGAGUGCACGGUCAUGGGAGUCCCGAGUAUCACGACGAACUUGUCUGGAUUCGGUUGUUAUAUGGAGGAGCUGAUCGAGAAUGCCCAAGACUACGGCAUCUACAUCGUUGACAGGCGGAUGAAGGGCGUCGAUGACUCAGUCAACCAGCUCUCAGACUACAUGUUUGAGUUCACCAAGAAGAGCAAACGUCAGCGUAUCAACCAGCGCAACAGGACGGAGAGACUCAGCGAUUUGCUUGACUGGAAGAGGAUGGGCAUGGAGUACGUCAAGGCCCGCCAACUGGCUUUGCGCAGAGCCUACCCCGACGCCUUCGAUGGUGGUGACGAGCCGGACUUCUUCGGCAACGCUGAAGUCAAGAUUUCGCGCCCGCUCUCGGAGCCCGGGUCCCCCAGAGAUCGAUCGGGUAUGAUGACACCUGGCGAUUUUGCUUCGCUGCAGGAGGGCCGCGAAGGGUUGAGCACGGAGGAUUAUAUUGCCUGGAGACUACCUGAGGAGGAAGAGCCGGAAGAUUACCCAUUCCCGCUGACAUUGAAGACGAAGAAGUCAUCGGACUCUCCCGCGCUCAAUGGCUCGUAG